AUGGCGGACGUUGACCACGGCUCCGAGCCGAAUCAACAACCGGUGCCGCCAGAGGUGCCCGAGAAGAACGGCGUCGAUGCCACCACCAAUGACCCGGCUUCCCCGCCAACCCUGACGUCGGACAAACCGAGCUUGUCGGAGCAGGCCGAAUGGCAGGAGGUCAGGGAUUCCGAGCCAGAGGAGAAGGACACGCCUCCCCCCCCCCCAAAGGACAACAAAGAACAACCAAAAACAGAGGAAAUUCCGCCGGAAGAGACGGAAGAACAGCAAGAUGAGACCAAUGCUCAUGAAUCUGGCGGCAAGGAGGAGAUUCCAGUGGAGGCUGAGCCCGAGCAAUCUAUCAGUCCAACACAGGAAGCCGAGCCCCAGGACGACGUGCCGCCAGACAGCCGAAUGCGGUCCGACUCCCGAUCAACAACCGCCACCGUGGGCACACAACGUGGAACUGCGGUCAGCUCGACAGUCUUUAUCGUGACGGCCCUGGACACCAUCGGUGCCUCGCGAGAGGCCCGCAAAAGCAAAGAAUUGGAGGAUGCGGUGCAAGUGGCUCUGGUCAACGUCAAACAAGAAGAUCGCCAACCAAUUGACCCGGAGCUGAUAUUCCGGCCGCUUCACCUGGCAAGCAAGACACUCAGUGUGCCGCUCCAGGUGACUGCAUUGGACUGCAUCGGCAAACUCAUCUCCUACUCCUAUUUUGCAUUCCCGUCAACGCCACCGGCCGAUGAGUCGCCCCUAAUUGAGCGUGCCAUUGAUGCCAUUUGUGACUGUUUUGAGAACGAGGCCACUGCCAAUGAAAUCCAGCAGCAAAUUAUCAAGUCGUUGCUAGCGGCCGUUCUGAACGACAAGAUCGUGGUGCAUGGAGCUGGUCUUCUCAAAGCCGUUCGACAGAUCUAUAACAUCUUCAUAUACUCCAAGUCCAGCCAGAACCAGCAAAUUGCCCAAGGCUCGCUCACCCAGAUGGUGAGCACAGUCUUCGACCGGGUUCGAGUGCGAUUGGAUCUGAAGGAGCUGCGGACGCGAGAUAUCGAAAAGCCCGAGGCUACCUCCAACUUGGAUGUCUCGGAUCAUGGCCCGGCCUCCGAUGCAGCUUCGGUGUCUGUCGCAGACCAACCAACCCCCAAGGAGCCUCAAGCGGAAAAGCUUACCCUGCAGAGCUUCGAAUCGCCUAAGGAAGUAACCACUGUCAACGACAAUGCGCCAACUAUGGUUACUCGCGCCAAACUCACUCGGUCUUCGACUCGUUCCAUGUCUGGUAUCCCUGAGGAAAGGGACGAGGAUGGUUCGGCAGAAGAUGAGGUGGAUGAAAUAUAUGUCAAGGACGCCUUCCUGGUUUUCCGCGCGCUGUGCAAACUCAGCCACAAGGUGCUCAGUCACGACCAGCAGCAAGAUAUCAAGUCGCAAAAUAUGAGGUCGAAGCUGCUCUCUCUGCAUCUCAUCCACUACCUGGUCAACAACCACAUCACCAGCUUCACCUCUCCCCUCGUGUCCAUCAGAAACAACUCGAGCAGUUCGGACGCGAUGACACUGCUCCAAGCCGUCCGACCACACCUUUGCCUCAGUCUCAGUCGCAACGGCUCCAGCUCAGUCCCGCGGGUGUUCGAAGUGUGUUGCGAAAUAUUCUGGCUGAUGCUUAAGCACAUGAGGGUCAUGAUGAAGAAAGAGCUGGAGGUGUUCCUGAAGGAAAUCUACUUGGCAAUCCUCGAGAAACGCGGUGCCCCUGCCUUCCAAAAACAAUAUAUCAUGGAGGUCUUGGAGAGACUUGGUGGAGAUCCACGUGCAUUGGUGGAGAUCUAUCUCAACUAUGAUUGUGACCGCACCGCGCUGGAGAACAUGUUCCAAAAUAUCAUCGAGCAAUUGUCACGGUACUCGAGCACUCCUACCACCACUAUCGCCGCUCAACAACAACAAGCAUCCCAGGAGCGCCAGAAAGACAAGCCGGAAUGGCGUCAGCAGGGCACCCUGCCUCCGUCACUCACGACGGCCAAUGUGGCAAACCCGCAACCCACACCCCCAGGUGUUCCAGCAGAGUAUUCGCUAAAGCAACAAGCUCUUGAAUGCCUCGUGGAGAUCUUGCGUUCACUGGACAACUGGGCUUCCCAAGAUGACCAGCCUGUUCCUGUCGUACCUUCGUCGAAGUCGAAGUCAAUAGACAACUCCCGCGAGUCUAUUGACACCAAUGUCGGUGCUUACAUUGCCUCUCCCCGGCCUGAAACAAUCGAUAGUGGAACCGGUCGGUCCACGCCUGUGCCCGAGGACGACCCGGGUCAGAUUGAGAAGGUAAAGCAACGCAAGAUUGCCCUCACGAACGCUAUCCAGCAGUUCAACUUUAAGCCCAAGCGCGGCAUGAAGCUCUUCAUCCAAGAAGGUUUCAUCGCCUCGGAUUCGCCAGAUGACAUUGCUUCUUUCCUGUUACGCAACGAUCGUCUUGACAAGGCUAUGCUGGGUGAGUAUCUUGGUGAGGGUGAUGCAGAGAACAUUGCGAUCAUGCAUGCUUUUGUCGACUCGAUGGAUUUCAAGAAGCGACGCUUUGUCGAUGCACUCCGCGAGUUCCUGCAGCGCUUCCGGUUGCCUGGCGAGGCUCAAAAGAUUGAUCGGUUUAUGCUCAAGUUUGCAGAACGCUACACGACUCAGAACCCCAACGCGUUCGCUAACGCAGAUACGGCCUAUGUGCUCUCUUACUCAGUGAUCAUGCUCAACACGGAUCAGCACAGCGUGAAGGUUAUUAAGAGAAUGACCAAGGACGAUUUCAUCAAGAACAACCGAGGUAUCAACGACAAUCAGGACUUGCCGUCUGAGUAUCUAAGUGGGAUUUAUGAUGAGAUCGCACACAACGAAAUUGUCUUAGACACGGAACGGGAGCAUGCUGCAAACCUUGGUAUUCAGACAGCAGCAACUCAUGUCGGUCUCGCAAGUCGAGCAGGCCAGGUGUUUGCAACUGUUGGACGUGACAUUCAGGGCGAGAAGUACGCACAGGCUUCAGAGGAGAUGGCCAACAAGACUGAGCAACUAUACCGCUCCCUGAUCCGUGCCCAGAAGAAGACUGCAGUCCGCGAUGCGCUCUCGCGUUUCAUUCCUGCGACUUCUGUCCGCCAUGUAGGAUCGAUGUUCAAUGUCACCUGGAUGUCUUUCCUGUCUGGGUUGUCUGCUUCUAUGCAAGAGGCUCAGAAUCUGGAGACGAUCCGCCUCUGCAUGGAAGGACUCAAACUGGCUAUUCGAAUCAGCUGCGCCUUUGAUCUGGAGACUCCUCGAGUCGCGUUUGUCACCGCACUCGCAAAGUUCACAAAUCUCAGCAACGUGAAAGAAAUGAUGGCGAAGAACGUCGAGGCCCUAAAGGCCCUGCUCGACAUCGCCACCACCGAGGGCAACCGUCUUCGCAGCUCAUGGCGGGAGAUCUUGACCUGUAUUAGCCAGCUUGAUCGUCUGCAGCUUCUGAGCCAUGGUGUAGAUGAGGGCUCGGUGCCCGAUGUUUCACGGCCACGAGUCCAGCCACCCGAAAACCGAAAAUCGAUGCAAGGCCGACGACCUCGCCCUCGCUCGGUCAAUGGACCAACAGCGUUCCGGGCAGAGGUUGCCAUGGAAAGUCGCUCCGCAGACAUGGUUCGCGGCGUGGACCGGAUCUUCACCAACACCGCCAACCUCUCGCACGAGGCCAUAAUCGACUUUGUUCGGGCUUUGAGCGAGGUUAGCUGGCAGGAAAUUCAAUCAUCGGGUCAAAGCGAUUCUCCGCGGACGUACAGCUUGCAGAAGCUGGUUGAGAUCAGUUACUACAACAUGACCCGUGUUCGUAUCGAAUGGUCUAAGAUCUGGGAGGUUCUGGGUCAGCAUUUCAACCAAGUUGGCUGCCACUCCAAUACAACCGUCGUGUUCUUUGCGUUGGAUUCCCUCCGUCAGCUGUCGAUGCGGUUCAUGGAGAUCGAAGAAUUGCCCGGAUUCAAGUUCCAGAAAGACUUCCUUAAGCCUUUCGAGCAUGUCAUGGCGAACAGCACCACGGCCGCUGUCAAGGACAUGAUUCUUCGGUGUCUGAUUCAGAUGAUCCAGGCUCGUGGUGACAAUAUUCGGUCUGGCUGGAAGACCAUGUUUGGUGUCUUUACCGUUGCAGCCCGUGAACCUUAUGAGGGAAUUGUCAACAUGGCUUUUGAUCAUGUCACCCAGAUCUACAACACUCGGUUUGGGGUGGUGAUCACCCAGGGCGCGUUCCCUGACUUGGUCGUCUGUCUGACCGAAUUCUCGAAGAACAUGAGGUUCCAGAAGAAGUCGCUGCAGUCCAUCGAAACGCUUAAGUCGACCGUCACCAAGAUGCUGCGAACCCCCGAGUGUCCGCUGUCACACCGCGGUGCGGAUGCGACAUCCUUCCAAGACGACGGCACCAACCUUGCCAAGCAGCUUACUCGCCAGUCGAAGGAGGAACAGUUUUGGUAUCCCAUCCUCAUUGCCUUCCAGGACGUGCUUAUGACUGGUGAUGACCUGGAAGUCCGAUCGCGUGCACUCACAUACCUCUUCGACACGUUGAUCCGAUACGGUGGCGAUUUCCCGAGGGAUUUCUGGGAUGUCUUAUGGAGACAAUUGCUCUGCCCCAUUUUCGUGGUUCUGCAGUCCAAAUCCGAGAUGUCUAAGGUGCCCAAUCACGAGGAUCUCUCGGUUUGGCUGUCGACCACGAUGAUCCAGGCGUUGCGCAACAUGAUCACGCUCUUCACGCAUUACUUUGAUUCUUUGGAGUAUAUGCUCGGCCGGUUCUUGGAGUUGCUGACCUUGUGUAUCUGUCAAGAGAACGACACGAUCGCGCGGAUUGGCAGCAACUGCCUGCAGCAGUUGAUCCUACAAAAUGUCACCAAGUUCAAACAGGAGCAUUGGACGCAGAUCGUCGGCGCCUUCGUCGAGCUCUUCAGCAAGACGACCGCCUAUGAUUUGUUCACCGCCGCUGCCUCGAUGUCGAAGCCCGAGCUCAAGAUGAACGGCGAGGUGGCAGAGGCCACGCCGCCCACUGAGGAAGAGGCAGCGCAUGUGCUGCAACCCAAUGGAUCUCAGAGCACGACAUCCUUGAACGAAGAUGGUGAUAUGCCCGUCCCGUCUGACCCUCCCGCCCAAAGCGAGGCUCGUGCUGAACUGGAAGACUACCGGCCUCAAACCGACCAGCAGCAACCCGCGGCUGUCACCGCCGCACGGCGCCGGUUCUUCAACCGAAUCAUCACCAACUGCGUGCUGCAACUACUCAUGAUUGAGACGGUACAUGAGCUCUUCUCCAACGACAACGUCUACGCACAGAUCCCCAGCCCCGAACUCCUGCGCCUGAUGGGCCUGCUGAAAAAGAGCUACCAGUUCGCCAAAAAGUUCAACGAAGACAAGGACCUGCGCAUGCAGCUUUGGCGACAGGGCUUCAUGAAGCAACCUCCGAACCUGCUCAAACAGGAGAGCGGCAGUGCCUCGACCUAUGUGCACAUCCUCUUCCGCAUGUAUCACGACGAGCGCCAAGAGCGGAAGAGCAACCGUGCCGAUACAGAAGCAGCCCUCAUCCCUCUCUGUGCAGACAUCAUCAGCAGCUUCGUCCGUCUCGACGAAGAAACCCAAAACCGGAAUAUCGUCGCCUGGCGUCCCGUCGUGGUCGACGUCAUCGACGGCUAUACCAACUUCCCUCUGGAGGGCUUUGAGAAACAUGUCGAGACCUUCUACCCGCUCGCCAUCGAGCUGCUCAGCCGUGACCUCAACGCUGAGAUCCGCGUCGCUCUGCAGUCCCUUCUCCGGCGCGUCGGCGAGACUCGUCUGGGUGUUGCUCCGGCCGUAAUGGACCCCAUCAGCCCCCGAAGCUCUGUCUCGCAGCGCGUGUCGCGCAGCGGUAGCCAAGCCACCAUGUAA